AACCAAAAAAAAAACAAAAAAGAAGAAAAGAAGAAAAAAAAAAAAAUCAUUUCAUUUAACUUUAAUUUAUUACUUUAAUGACUCGCGAUCGUCUUGCAUGUUAUUCGAAUAAGUGCAUGUGAUUUUAAGGGGUGCAUCGCUAGUUAACAAUGAACUAUGAAAUGUGCACGAGAUUCACUUUUCAAUUGAAAUGUGAGAGUCUUUGUUAAAUCAUUAACUCGUGAAAAUGUUUUCAAAAAUGUGUGCAAAAAUUUGACGUAAAGUAAAGGCAACAACGUAGAAAAGCUAAUAAAGCAGGGGUGUAUAUGUACGUACGUAUGUACGUAGCAAAAUACAUAAAUAUAUGCAAGCACAUGUAGUAAUGCCUGAAAUUGGGGAAAAUUUUACACGCAAUUAAAUCAAAGCAAAAUCAACGAAUUUUAAGGAAAAAAAAAAUAAAAAAAAAAAUCUGGAAAAUUGUUUACUUUUAAUUGCAGUUAAAUUUGGAAUUAAAAAUUUGCUAACAAAAUGGAUCAAGAGCAGCCAAGCAGUGCAUCUUCGGAAACUGGCCGAAGGACGGAAACAACAGCAACAGAUGAAGGCCUCUUGCAUAAAACUCAAAUCGCAACCGGUACUUCAUUGACGAGAUUUUUAAUUUCUAUGGCACCAGUUAUGGUAUCAUUGCCCGGAGCUGAACUUACGUCAAUAGAGCAGCCGAUUAUUUUACAAGUACUUAAGAAUAAAGUGAAUUCGUUACGAGAAGAGGAACAAAUUGAAGAGAAAAUUCAAGGAGACAGUAGAGCGCGAAAUAAUUUUUCGAUAGACAUUAAAGAGCAACAAUUGCCUAAUAAUGAUCUACAUACUAAUAAUUUAAGCGUUAAUAAUACUAAUAAUCUAGUCAGUAAUAGUGUGAAUAAGUCACAAUUAGUUGAUAGUCAAACCUACCGGCCACAAACAAGCAACACUAGCCUAUCAUCGUCUUCGUCAAAUUCGCCAUUACCUAGAAGAGCUUCCACGCCACCGACUAUACAAAACGUGUUAGACAUUGAGUCUCACUUAAUUGAAACAUUUGAUGGAUAUCCUAACAAUGAAGACGAAGGUGUCGGUAUUAAAGAAUUGACCCCAAUCGAUGAUGAGCUACGAUCUGGUACUUCAAAAAUUGAGAGAUCAAAUAAUGUGCGAACAAUAAUUGAGGUGCAACCAGCCGGUGUAGUUAUUAAGAAACCUAUAGAGAAUAUUCAUUUAGAACCAUCACAGUCCGCUUUAGUUAUUGUUACCGCUUUAAAUAAAGAUAAAUCAAUUCAGAGCGAGGAAAUUGAGGAGGCCGCUGAGAUCUUAGUCGAAGAUAUCGCGAAUGAGGCAAUCGACAAUUACCAGAGGACUCACAUUUCAAAUGAGAUCGUUAAUGAGAUCGGCAAAGAAGAAGCAAAUAACAUACCAGACUUUUCCGCAAAAACUCAUGAAGAACUCAUUAGCCUAGAAUAUCCGCAAAAUAAAACAAAUUUGACCGAAGAUUAUGAUAUUAAACAUUCACAAAAACAAAAGACUGAGACUCAAGUGAUAAAAGUUGACAAUUCUCUAAGUUCCGAUCUUACCUAUGUCGUCAAUCAACAAUUAUCAGAAGUAACGAGUAUUUUGGAUUCUCAAAGCCGCUUAAAAAAGCCGGCUAAACAAAACGGUCACAUAUGCAAUCAGCUAGAGUUAGACUGUAAUGUGACCGAUAUUAAAGUAGUAAGUGUGCCUUCACCGAAAACCCGCUCAGAAGAGGAGGAACGAAAAUUAUUUAUAGAUUCGUUACCACAAAUACAAACGGCACGGGACGCAGACGAUAUUGCUCAAAAGUUGGCCCUAGAUUGCAAAAAAGAAUAUUAUCAAUCACUUAAAAAAUAUUUAAUACAAAAUAGUACGGAAAAACCGCCUGUGCCCUUACAGACCUAUCGUUGGGAGGAUCUACGCAGAGCCAAAGAAAGGGGUGGUUAUCCUUGGACGCAUUUAUAUAAACGGCCAUUAGGACCUGAUGAGGAGCCAGAAAUAUUGUUAAUGCUAAGAAAAUCACAAGAAAUACGUUUCAUCUCAGAAUCACCUAAAUCAAUUAAAAAAGUACGAAUUGACGAGCAAGUUACUGUUAAAGAAACAGAACGAUAUCUACAAGAACUAUCUGAGGAUGAGGAAGAUGAACACCAUUCCGAGCAACAUCUAUCGACACAAUUGCCAGAGGAUUUAGAAAAUCACAGUCUACAUAGCGAGAGUUUUUCCUGCAUUUCUGAUUCCGUUUUAGCGACUGGAAAACCGAAAAAAUCGAAUCGUUUUAGUAAAGUUCGGCGUUUAUUUAGACGACGGCGUUACGGUCUUCGGCCAAACGAAGACGUUCAAUCAUUACCUGACACAUUUUCGGAGACUAGUCGACAACAUAGUCUCGAGCAGGUAACAGCAACGCAACCGACGCCACCGACUGGUACGGCAUCAAUUUAUGAAGCUGUAAAGGCCAAUCGUUGUUUCCCAAUAAUGAAGAAACUGAAAAAUAUGGCAGACCGUCAGAAAAAACGCCUUCAUAUAAAACGAAUCGCUUUGGGUAAAGACGAAAAAAUUGUACUUAAUGAAGAAACAAAAAUUUUGAAACUUAAAAACUCUCCGAAAUCACAACGCAGUGACAUACCACAUUUUAUUGAGAAGCAAGAUUCAGAUGAUAUUUUAGAAAUUGUCGAGCUCGAUGAGUCCCCUAGCCGCAAGCGUAAGGACGAUGGACGAGACGACAAUGAAAUCGGUAAUGGAGACCUUAACAAUAUUAAAACUCUAAGUAGUAGUAGUCUAGUGAAACCAGAAGAAAUCAUUGAAAUAACAAAUUUUAUGGCAGAGAAGAAUGAAACGACGAUGUCUAGUGCGGCACCCCCUAAAAAGGCCCCUCGCUUACGUAGGGAUCAUGUUUAUGAAGAAAUCGAUCACCCGGAUUUUCCUGCACAAGAAUUUAAUCUUAUUUUAGAUGCCACCUCCGUUGAAGCUUUAAAAUUAUCACUGGUCACUCAGGACAACAGUGCUUUGAAAGAGGUAUCUACUACUACAAACAUUAUACCACUCGAUCGCAUGGGCAGUAGUGAAGAAGAUCAAAUAAUUUUAGCAGAUCAGCAAGGGACCGACGGUGCGAAAUCAAGCACUAAUCUUUUGGCGCCAAUAUCGUCAAUUGAUUCCACCUCUUCCGACGAAGAUCGAAACAAAAAACAAUUGCAACCUGUUUUAGAAGAAGAAAGUGAUCAACCAGAAGAUGACCAGCACAGCUUACAGCAAAUGCAGGUUGUAAUCGACCAAACUAUGGAGUUGAAACCUCCAGCUAUUAGAAAGGAAGCUUCACCAGCGCCUUCCGAGAAAAAAGUGACAUUUUCCUAUGUCGAAGAUGAGGCAGAGCCGCACCGUGAAGAUAUCGAAUUAUCACCUGAACAUAUAGAAGCUACCAAAGAAGCUAACAAACGUAAAGCCGCUGCCGCCGCCGCCGCCAUUAACGAUCACGAGUAUGAACCCAUAGGUGAGCCGUCUAAAGAGGAGGAUACUUUCGAUAAAACCAUCCAUGCACAAGCGUCUGGCGAGCAAACUCAACAAACAACGAUGGAAGCGAUGAAACAGGCCGAAGAUGUUCAAAAGGAAAUGGAAGAACACUUUUUUAAGACUGCAGCGCCAACACCUGAUAUGGAAAUUGAAGUCGAUACUUCUGAAGUAGGAGACCAUGUUCUUGACAAACCUUCGAAACUAGAGAAGAAAAGCUUUAUAGCGUCAGCGCAAGAUCGUACCCGAAAAAUGCAAGCAGGGCUUAGAAAUCAAGCAGGUAAGCUUCGAACUAAACUACGCCCAACAGUGAAGAAAGCACCCUCCGGGAGUCCCAAAGCAAAGGAUCGUAAGCGAUUUAAGGCUCCCGAAUUUUCCAAAAUGAAAAUGCCGGAUAUCAAACGACCAGACAUUUCAAGGUUUAAAGACUUCAAGCGCCCAGAAUUUACAAAGUUCAGCAAGCCGGAUAUGAGCAAGUUUAAAUUGCCGGAGAAAAUAUCCACUAUGAAAUUAAAGAGAAGCAAAUCCUUGAAGGAAAAUGAAAGUGAAGGUGCUUUGCAAGAAGAAAACAUGGUUGAUGAAAAUCGGGAAGUAGUUCACAAAAAUGAACCUAUAGCACAUCAAAAAAAACUUUUUAACUUUUCUAACUUUGGUACAUAUCCGAGAGCUUUACGAAAAAAGAAAAAGCCAACUGAAAUUGAAUCAUCAGUGGGUACUGCAACUGCAACUGAAGCGACCAGUGUGGUACCGAGCACUGAAACGCAGCCAUCGAUUGAAUCAUCUAGUUCACCCCAAGGCGACAGAGGCCCGGGACCUGUUCGAUCACGUUGGGCGGACAAAUUUUCUGAUGUCAGCUACAACGACAGCGAAGGUUCACGUUACAGGCGCUAUGGUAGCGAGUUGGAGAGCUUUGAUCGAGAGUCCUCCCUCGAACGUCGUCGAGAUGAAAAUGAAGACACGGGCAGUGAAGAACCAACUCUUGGCAUUCUAGGUGGUGUUACCGAUAAUAAGCAAUUCGCUGACUUUGACGAAGAGAAUCGCGCUAUUCAUGAAAUUUCUAAUCUGCGUUCGGGAGAAUUUAAACGACGUCCAAUUGUUCAUCAAGAUUCCGAUUUGAGAUCAGACGACAGUAAAGAGGCCAUUGGUUGGACAGACAAAGACAUCGAAAAAAAUACAUUAUUACGCAAAGCAGAAAUAGAAGCCGAAGCUAGUUUCCUCAAAUACCAACCAGAAGAUGCUGUUACACAAGAAACACAAUCAACUGCUAGUUCCGGUAAAAAGCUCGUUCUAGAAGAGAUCGACGAAAACGAAUUCUUUUUGCGUAAACGUGGCGUUUCGGAGGAUAACAAUGAAAUACGUCAGUACAUUAGCAACGCCAUCCGAGAAGGUUACGACAUGCCGGUCAAUUCAUUGGAGCGCGUGGGGGAGCCUUCUAGCUACGGAGACUAUGAAGUUCCACCUCCAAAGCCACGUAGACUUCAUCAAAGUUAUGCACCAGAAAACGUAUCACAAGCUUUCCAUACUCCACGCGAUGAUUACGGGGAUAAUAUGUCAUUGUCUCAGAAUGGUAGCGAUUUUUUCGUAGCACCGAAACCACCAACGCGCAAAUUUAAAGGACGUAGUAAGUACUCCUUGGAAAGCCAAGAGGCUUUCAUUGAUGAUGAACAAAGCAACCAAUUGCCAUAUUUUGAUAAUGAUGAAGAAUACUUACGACCUCCUUCUCUGUCAUAUAAGGAACGCGAUGAAAUAUUGAACGAUCUCAACAUGUCCGAAAAAGAAAAUAUUCCACUGACUGUGCCAAUGGGCGAUGAAGUUGACAGCUCAGUUAAGCCGCAGCCUCCGAAACGCCAAAAACGACGUCGAGAAAUAUCAUUAGAAAAAGAUUCAUACAUAAAUGGUUUCAGCGGACGCUCGGUGUCAAACAGUUUUUUGCAGCAGCCUGAAGAUGUAAUUGUUUAUCGCACUGAACACGAGUACCACCAUAUUCCGCUUGCAACACCAGAGAAGUACUUCGAUUCUGUUUCAACAAUACGUAAAUCCAUUUCAAAUUAUUCAAAUUAUGACGAUCGAACUUCCCGGGGAGCAAUUUCGUUGGAACAAACCCAAUACACACCUAAUGAACGGGAUAGAUAUUUGAUUGACAUGAAUGAAAACGAUGGCUACGCAGUGGUACGAAAGGAUCAAGUGCCUAAGCCUACGCCGCCAACUAGAAGAAAGAAGUUCGCUCGCCUGCCAGGGGAACGAUUUGCUACGAUGCCAAAUAUGCGCACGAAAAGAAGCACAUCCCCGCCGCAAAGACCGCCACCGCCUAAAGCAUACACCCCUGCUACCAACUUCCAAACAGUAACUGUUCGUAAAUCAGCGCACAGCCUUGACGCUCAACCAAACUACGAAGAUGACUACGAAGAACCUGGAGAGUCUAUCCGCCCUGAUUCACCACGAAAUUUGCAUUCAGGCGAAGUAAUUAAUAAGAUGAAGUACCGUCCGUUACCGCCGCCUCCACGACCACCUAGGGAAAAACGACAAAGAUCGGAGACCAGAGAGUCAGAGUUAGUUACCGAUUAUCAAAUGAACGGCGAGGAGCAAUUCGAAACCAGUGGUCAAGAAUCAAGAGAUGACGAAAUUAUUCAAUAUACCGAAGAAGUAGAGGCAUCAACGCAAACCGAUCCAUUGCCAGAUGAUUUCGUAUGUGAAGAAUUUGAAAUCACAGACGACAUGAAAAUCAUUGAACCUCGCAUUCGUACGAAAACUUUAGAAGAAGUAUUGCGAGAUGAGAUUGGUGAUGAACCUGAAGUGCAACAUCAAGUAAUUGAUAGCGAACAAUUAUCAAAAGGGUUGCAGCGUUUCAGAGACGCGAACCAACGAAGUCUAUCAGAGCGUUCAAGAGCUUCUUCAGUGGCAGACAGGUCAAAGUCGCAUAGUCGACCGCAAACUCCAUCAGCUAUUGUCGUUGAACGUCAAUUGUCUACACCCGUGCAACAAGAGGAUAACGAAACAAUGGUGCAAGCUUCAUUAGUUGUCCGACCUGUAGAUGAUUUGGAGUUAGAGGAAGAACAAUUGCGACAAGAUGGUUUAUUAACCGACAGUUCACAACGCAGUGUUUCUGAAACCAAGGAUGAUUUGCAUUUGACGGUAAGUGAAGCUUCGUAUGCUCCAAGUUCCGCGGAAUUAGAUGAUGUUUUGGGAAUUCAAGCGUCAGAUCAGGAGACGCAACAAACAGAUGAAGAAGUUGAACGCACUUUACAAAGAUAUCGCGACGAAUUGGAUGAAAUAGGCCGACAAUUAAUGGAAACUGCAAUGGCUCACGAACUGUCACCUACACCUUUCAGAGAGCAAAUAAAGGAAAUUAGUGAUACUGAUGAAAUACCUUCUGUUGAAGAUACGCACCUAACGACCAUUAAAGAAACAUGGGAACUAAGUGAUUCAGAGCCCUUACGCUCCGACGAGGAGUCCAAAAUGGACAGCAAAGGGGACCUCAGGUCUACGACAACCUUGAGUGAACUGAAGCCAGUGGAAAGUUCAGGUGACGAAAUCACAUUAGCAGAAAUGGCUCCUCAACCACCACCCCGACGAAAGUCAAAUGUAACUGAGCAACUAUCGCUUGAAGAAACAACUGCUCUUCAACGCAUAGAUAACCUGGAAUUGUCCACGUCGCAGUCUUUAAUCAAUAGAGAAAAAGAAUCUAUGCUCGAUCUACCGUGUAGAGUGAAAGAUUUAGAAGUCGAGCGCUUAAGAGUUAAUGCUCUGCAAGCAGGCCAAAUAAUGGUUUCUCAACUACACGGCACCCAAAUUACCUCAGAGGAACUAGAAUGCAAAUCGGGAAAUUUGAUUGUUAAGAAUAUAGAAUUACCGCCCGGUUUUAUUGAAGAUAUUGUUGAACGAGUGCGUAAAACUGAGCAAAGUCAAUUGCAUUCUGCCGAAGCAAAAGCAAAUUUAGAAGGCAGCUACGAAAAAUCAUCCAGCCCAUUACGCGAAACUCUUCCACCACCCAAACCACCGCGUCUAAGAGAUUUUGAAAUUAGUACUGUUAGUAAAAGUACUGAAAUAACAAAGGAAAUUAAAGAGAGUAUUCAAAAUGCUGAUGAAGGCACUCAAACCGAACCAUUAAUUGAGCCCUCAGCUUUGCAACAAACAGCAGUGCCACCCAUUUUUCCUUCCGCUGAAUAUUUGCACUCUUUGGCACCACUGGCUUUCUACAAUCUCCAUCGGCCUGGAAGCAGUCCAGGUGUGGCAGAAUCAUUUGAAAUGCCUAGGCCACAUUAUCACCGUGAUCGCCAUCGUUAUCAGCAUAGACGAUCAGUUUCGGAAUCCGAAGUUGAAGAAGAUCUUAUUGCUGAAAAAGACGAGAACGAGUUACCUCAACAAAAGCCAAGACGACGUACGCGUAGCGCACACGAUUUUUCAGAUGAUCAUGAUGAUGAAAGUGUUGCAAAAGCCGGCCGUAAAUUUAUAGCCCUUUGCAGUCUUUCGCUUGCCAAAAUCAUUAAUCAAUUAACCGAUUACCUUAGAAAUUCGGCGGCAAAUGAGGAGGGACAACUUGAACAACAACAACAACAACAACCCACCGACGCCAGAAAUAAACAAGUGCCAGCCCUGGUUGUCCUAUUCAUAGUUAUAACAUUUGCCAUAAUAAUAUUUUUAGUUACUGGCCGUAAUAUACACACACAUCACUGGGACUAUUUUAAUCCACCAGGACACGAAGGAAGACAAUCAUAAAUUAUUUAAGAAGCAUAGGUAUGACUCGGAAUUAACUUGGGGAACAAAUUGAGCGGUCUACAAAUUGAAAACACAAAAAUUACUUUAUUCAUAAUUGCAUUUGCGCUCGAAACCUCAAAUUAACAUACACAACUACAAUACGAGUACACAGUGGCCUUUCAACGAAUAAAUCACGAAUUUUUAUUGAUUAUAUAUUACGAGUUAACAUUUUACUCUAGAUGCACUUAUUAAGUAAAUGGAAGAAUGAUAAUAAGAAGAAAAGAGGCAUCAAAAUUAAAUACUUUUUUUCUAUGAGAUAAUUAAAGAUUGUCUCCUGCCUUCCUAUAUCAACUAUAUAAGUGCAUGCAUACUUAUUAACACAUAUCUCUACGUCUGCCGCCGUUACAAAACAAUACGUUUAGUAAUUAAGGAUAGAAAUUUAAUGAUUGAGAUACGUACGUACAUACAUAUUCA